AUGAGUAACAACAGCAGAUUAACCAAGACAUUGGCUCGCUUUCAAGCACGAAUUGAAGCAGGCGACUUCUACGAGGCACAUCAGACGCUGCGGACCAUUGCCAAUCGUUACGUGCGGAGCAAGAACUACAACGAUGCCAUUGACCUGAUCACCCAAGGAGCUCUGGCAUUGCUUACUGCCAAACAAGGUGGAUCAGCCACAGAUCUUAUAUUCUAUUUACUAGAAGUCUACGACGUCGCCGAAAUCAGUGUCAGCGAGGUCUCCGUGGCGAGGCUAGUGCAACUUUUGGCCAAUAUAGACCCAGAAGAACCAAACGUCAAAGACGUGGUAACAGGAAUGAACAAUUGGUCGAUUAAGUUUGGAUCUUGUAAAUACGGCGAUCCAUAUCUGCAUGCUGUUAUCGGUUCCAAACUCGCUGACGGGGGCCACGUCUAUGAAGCAGAACGCUAUCUCGUUUUGGGAACCCACGACUCAGUGGACCAGUACAUAUCGCUUCUUUGGGAUUGGUACACGCAGAGUGGAGAUAUCAAAACCGCGGGGGACUUUUUCUCACGUCCAAUUUUCAAUUAUCUCUUCAUAGGAAAUCUUCAAAACGCAUAUGCCGUUAAAGAAAAGUUCUUGCGCAAAUUCAUUGAAUACACGGGCGCAAAGUUUGAAACAGUUACCAAAAAUGGAUUUGAGAUGUUCUAUUUCGACGACUACGCAGACCUAAAUUUCUUACAGCUGUUGAUUCUCACUUGUCAAACCAAAAACGCGGAUUUAUUCAAGAACCUCAAGGUUCAUUACGCGGGAUCCAUAGAACAAUACUCAAGCCAAUUGGAGUAUUUGGGCCAAGAAUAUUUCGGUAUCAAAAUUCAAAAGCCAGUUAACUUUAUGCAAGAUAUCAUGUCCGGUCUUUUGGGCGGUAAGUAA